AUGGAUCCGAAACCUGUAGCCAACAAUGGGGUGAUCAACCAGGCGGAAGACAAGAGAUCUCACGAUGAGACGCACUUCAACGAGUCUGAGGUGCUAACUCCCGCGCUGAACAGAAGGUUGCUCAUGAAGACGGACCUUGUAGUCCUACCAUGCGCCGUGCUUAGCAUGACCCUCGCAUUUCUUGACAAGAACGCUCUCGGUUUCGCCGCAGUCUAUGGUUUGCGACAAGACACCAAUCUUAAGGGCCAAGAGUACUCUUGGCUCGGCAGUAUCUUCUACUUCGGAUACCUUGCCAUGGAAUUGCCUAGUCUGUGGCUCAUCACCAGAGUGCCAAUCGGCAAAUACAUCGGAGCGUGCCUCGUCCUCUGGGGCGCCGCCAUUUGUCUCAUGGCAGCAUGCCACAAUUUUGCAGGGCUAGCAACUAUUCGUGUCCUCCUCGGCGUUUUUGAAGCAGCUCUCUUGCCGUGCAUGUUGGUGCUCAAUUCGACGUGGUACCGCCGUGAGGAGCAGCCGCUUCGGACAGCUUUGUGGCAUAACACCUUUGCCGGUGUUUUUGGUGGCAUUCUGUCAUAUGCUAUUGGUAAUAUCAAGGGGUCUUUGGCUACUUGGAAGUACAUCUUCCUCAUCUACGGAGCUGUUACUAUUCUUACAGGCUUCGUUGUUCUUUUUGCCCUGCCGGAUUCUCCUGCCAAGGCCUGGUUCUUCAGCGAAGAGGAAAAGAAGGCGGCUAUCAUCCGACUUGCGGCUAACCAGACGGGCGUGAAUAAUCACAAGAAAUUCGACGGUAAGCAGAUUCUUGAAGCACUGAAGGAUCCCAAGUGCUGGUGCGUAUGGGCCUGCGGCAUUGGCUAUGCCAUCGCCAACGCGGGUAUCACAAAUUUCAACCCCCUCAUCAUCGCCGGCUAUGGCUUCAGCCAGACCAAGACAGUGCUUAUGGCCACACCCCAGGCCGCUGUCGCUAUGGUUGCUGGUACAAUCUUGACGGCAAUUUCGUUCUUUGUGCAGAACCUGCGCUGCCUUUUCUGGAUCGUCUCAGCGCUUAUCGGUCUUGUUGGCGCCAUCAUGGUACAUACUCUUGACGUGAACGUGAACCGGGACGCCUCAUUAGCCAUGGUCUAUCUGAUGGGCUUUUAUAACCCCCCCUUCGUUUUCAUGUUGAGUCUGAACUCUUCUAAUACGGCGGGCGCAACGAAAAAGAGCUUCAUGGGCGUUUCCGUUGCUGUUUGCUAUGCUAUCGGAAAUAUCAUUGGGCCGCAACUGUUCCUCUCCAGCCAGGCCCCGAGAUACCCGCUUGGUAUCGGCGCCAUGAUGUUCGCCUUUGCUCUCAUGGCCGUGUCUGGCGUGGUUUACUCUCUGCUGUGCAUUUUCGAAAACAAACGCCGGGAUUUUAACUACGGCAUUCCGGAAGACAAAGUGCAAGCUGGUCUCGAAUCGGAGAGAGAAGACAAGACAGAUUGGGAGAACAAGGGUUUUCGUUAUACAUAUUAG